AUGAGUGCAGCCGUGAAACCAAUAUUAUAUUCGUAUUAUCGUAGUUCAUGUUCAUAUCGAGUUCGAAUCGCUUUAAAUUUGAAGAAUAUUGUUUAUCAAAUUCAACCAGUUGAUUUACUCAAAGGAGAAGCUUCAACUGAUGAAUAUAAAAGAAUUAAUCCCAAAGGUGAAAUUCCAGUACUUCUCAUCGAUGGUAAACGACUGACACAAUCACUGCCUAUCAUCGAAUAUCUUGAUGAGACAUAUAAAAUGCCAAGACUCCUACCAGAUAACCCAUACCAACGAUAUCAGGCUCGUAUGAUUAGUGAAAUAAUCGCAUCUGGUAUUCAACCUUUGCAAAACAUCAGCGUUUUAAAACGCGUUGGUGAAGACAAAAAAGUAGAAUGGGCACGUCAUUAUAUAAAAACUGGCCUUGAUGCCGUAGAAAAAGCUCUAGAGGAAUCGGCAGGACAAUUUUGUGUAGGUAAUCAACUUUCCAUUGCUGAUUGUUGUCUUAUACCACAACUCUAUCACGCACGACGAUGGAAAAUUGAUUUAACUAAAUAUUUACUUAUUCCAUCGAUUGAAGAAAGAUUAAAUUCUAUUGAAGCAUUUAAAGUGGCUCAUCCAAAUCAGCAACCGGAUUGCCCAGAAAAAGAAAAAGCAUGA